AGGCGACAAUCAGCUGUGUCUUUUAUUGAAAACAAAUCACUGAAACUUAGGGAAACAGAAUUUUCACGAAAAUGUCCGAGGAAAUCCUUUUCGACUGCCUGCAUGCAGAGAUUGUUAACUACUGCCUGGACGGAAACAAGGAGCACGAUCUCGCCACACUGGAGUACAUAGGCUUCACCACGGGAUACCGGUUGAUUGAACGGCUCACUCGCGAAAGUCCACGGUUCAAGGACGAGCUAGAGACCAUGAAGUUUAUUUGCACCGACUUCUGGACGCUAAUCUACAAGAAACAGGUGGAUAAUCUGCGGACAAACAACCAUGGCAUGUACGUGGUUCAGGACAAAGCAUUCCGAUUCCUCACCCGCAUCUCGCCGGGCACCAAACAACUGGAGCACGCACCGAAGUUUGUAGCCUUUACAUGCGGGCUGGUGCGAGGAGCCCUAAGCAACCUUGGCAUCAAUAGCACUGUGACAGCCGAGGUUCAGAGCAUACCGGCCUGCAAGUUCCACAUAGAAGUAAAUAGGAACUAACUAGGAAAUAAGACAAGAGUUUAUUGCUACAAUUAUAGAUACUACACGCUACCCUAAA